AUGCCAGGAGGAGCAAAAGGUCCCGGUAUAUUUUUCAUACUGCCAUGUAUCGACUCAUAUAAAAAAAUUGAUCUCAGGGUGGUCUCCUUUGACGUUCCUCCUCAAGAGAUUCUUUCAAAAGACUCCGUCACUGUAGCAGUUGAUGCCGUUGUUUACUUUCGGAUUUCCAAUGCCACAAUUUCGGUAACGAAUGUGGAAGACGCUUCUCGUUCAACGAAAUUAUUAGCUCAGACAACAUUACGGAACAUCCUCGGUACAAGGACCCUAGCCGAAAUGUUGUCAGAUCGAGAAGCCAUUUCACAUCAGAUGCAGAGCACACUCGAUGAGGCGACAGAUCCAUGGGGAGUUAAAGUGGAACGAGUUGAAGUGAAGGAUGUCCGACUGCCGUUGCAAUUGCAACGAGCGAUGGCUGCCGAAGCUGAAGCAACUCGAGAAGCUGGAGCCAAGGUAAUUGCUGCUGAAGGAGAACAAAAAGCUUCGCGGGCCCUACGCGAGGCUGCAGAAGUGGUGGGUUACUAUUAA